AUGUCGAGGCCUCAUCGAAUUCCCAUACCUCGGAAUGGGGUCGACUACAGGGGGAAAGUGGUUCUGGCUCCCAUGGUACGGUCCGGAGAACUGCCAUCCCGUCUACUUGCUUUGAAAUACGGUGCAGAUCUAGUAUGGGGUCCUGAAACUGUUGACAAGUCCAUGAUUGGCACUACUAGAAGGAUCAAUCCUGUCACUUCGACCAUUGAUUUUACGAGGACGCCUUCCAAUCCACAGCGAGCCCAGCCAGAUGUGCAGAAAGAAAGCUUGAUUUACCGCAUACACCCAGGACGGGAAGCUGACAGGCUAAUCUUCCAGAUUGGUACGGCCUCUCCAGAGACAGCAGUCGAGGCAGCAAAGCUCGUUGCUGGAGACGUUGCCGGUAUAGAUGUGAAUGCAGGUUGCCCGAAGCCUUUCUCGACCUCGGGCGGUAUGGGUGCGGCAUUGUUGCAAGAUCCAGACAGGCUGGCAGCAAUUUUGACAGCCUUGGUCAAGGAAAUUGGAUUGCCGCACGAGAUUGGAAUUAGCGUGAAGAUACGCUUGUUAGAAACACCAGAGUGUACCGAAGCCUUAGUGAGAAUGCUAUGUGCUACUGGUAUCACUGGACUGACAAUUCAUUGCCGGACAACACCGAUGCGACCACGCGAGAAAGCUAUUCGAGAGCAGCUACGUAUGAUCGGGGACAUAUGCCGGGAAACUGGAGUCGCUUGCUUAAUGAACGGAGAUGUCAAAGAUAGAGCUGAAGCUCUUGAGCUUGCUAAAGAAUAUGGUGUGGACGGUGCAAUGAUUGCCACAUCCGCUGAAUCAAAUUCAAGUUGCUUUCGAUCUCAAGAUGAAGGAGGCUUGCUACCAUGGAGGGAGGUGGUAAACGAGUACGUGAAGAUAGCACUCGAGGUCGAGAACAAAUGGGGCAACACCAAGUUUCUGCUCGCCCAGUUGAUGCCCGGAAAAGCAGAAGUUUCUCGCCAGAUCUCGAGUUGCAAGGGCUAUCGGCAGGUUUGCGAGGUCCUUCAAUUGAGUGAUUUGGUCGACAUGGCUCAAGAUGUUGACAAACGGCUCGGUAUUAAUGAGGAUAGGAUGUCGAAAGCCAUGAAGAAAGCGAAGCACAAUGAAUGUGCACGAGCAGCCGGUGGCAAAAUGACCAAGCAACGUGUGAAGGAUGCUGAUGCGAAGACUCCACUCUCUCAGAGAGGGAUCGGGAAGGGCAAGGCUCAACAAGCGCCAAUGGCGGUGUGA